AUGGCAGCUAGACAUGAUGUCUUCUUUGAAGUUUCGAUUGAUUACGUGCCAGCUGGCCGCAUCGUCCUCAGGCUUUUCGACUCCAUCUGUCCAAUGACUGCUCGAAAUUUCCGUGAGCUGGCCACAGGGGAGCAUGGUUAUGGUUACGCCAACUCCAGCUUUCACCGCGUCAUGCCUGGGUUCAUGAUUCAAGGCGGCGACAUAGAUGGUGGCGACGGGAGUGGUGGAAGGUCAAUCUACGGGUCUCGCUUUCCCGACGAGAACUUCCGGCUGAGCCAUGACAAGCCGGGACUGCUCUCGAUGGCGAACCGCGGCCCGAACAGCAACUCCUCUCAGUUCUUCAUCACCACCGCCCCUGCCCCAUGGUGUGACCGGCGAAAUGUCGUAUUUGGCGAGGUCGUUUCCGGAAUGGAGCUCGUCAAGCGCAUCCAGUCCUACGAGUCCGAUGACAUCCUUCGGCGACCCUCGCGCACCAUCGUCAUCACUCGGUCAGGAACACUAUGA